GUAGAAAUGUCAAAAUUAUCUGUAGCAUAUAUUCAAAUGUCAGACAUCUUUAGCGAUUUUUACAUUAUUUACUAUGUCUUAUUGCUGUUCGCAGUGCAGCUUCACGGCACAGUUCGAGAGUGCCUUAAUCAUGCAUCGUCAGUUGCACCACGACAGUUCUGAGGAUUUUAUUGACAAACACAAAAGAAUCACCUCUGAGAAGUCAAACACUAUGCCACUUCCCGCUCGCCUGGACAGAUCGUUCACAAACAAAGAGAAGGGAAUGAAGCUGUCGGCUCGCAACUCAGCCACGCGGUUGUUGGGAAAGUUGAAAGAUCGUAUAUGCCGUUCGAAGAUGUUUGUACAUCAGGAAGAGGCCGCUGAAGCCAGGUUUACUGAUUUGUCUGGACAAAGUGAAUGUACUUCGAAGGCGUUAAAAGAGCUAGGGUCAAGCGUGAGCGGCGUUUUGGAAUCAUUACGUGAUAAUAAGGAAACGUUUGCGUGUCACCUGUGCUCGUUCGACGCUGAUAGGAUAACAGUUUUGGAUCGCCAUCUAUUGAACGAUCACAAGAUCGGUCUAGAUAAUCUACUGAAACUUGUUAUGGCAAAGACAAAAGACGGUCUGACAGAAGAUAACCCAGCUCAAAUGUAUGGACUGAGACAAGCAUAUUACAGACCCGCGGACGAAAUAAUAGAGAGCGACGAAUUCAUAAUAGAAACAGUGACGCCGAAGAUUAAGAUAUUAAAACACGCGGUGACCAACACGGACCUGAAGUGGACGGACAUACCGGAUAUAUUGGAUUGCAAGACAUCGGAAGAAAACGAAAAGUUUGUAGACGAUACGGCCGAUAACGAAUUGUUGGAGAAAAUGCAAACCCUGAACGAGUGCAUGUACAAAUUCGUAGAUUCAUCCAACACGCUGAAGAAGGUCUUGACGAAGGAGUUCCAGCCGAAGUCCGAAAAGAACGAAUCGUACUACAAUCUAGGCGUGGGAGACCGCGAGUCGCCGAGAAAUUGGGAGAAGGCCCACAGUGAGAAAUUGGUGAGAAAUCAAGGGAAAUUCCCCGAGAGCCGGAGUGAAAAAGUGAAAUAUUCCUCUGAGAACUUUUAUUUUUGAUAUAAUUUUAUAUAAGACACUUAUGAAUAAAGUUUUUUUUUGAUUA